AGCUGACUGCCCAGUGGAAGGAGGGAUUGGUGGUGGGUUUAGAAUAAGCCUGCUGGUUAUUCAAAAGAAGGGGGGAAUGGGCUGAUAAGAUCAGCAAAAAAUAUUAGUUUUGCAAAUCUGGGGAGGCCAAAGAGGACCAUGGAUGGGUGAUUAGCUUAGAAUAACACAAAAGGUGUGCAUAUCCAGGCCAUGACACGUCAGACCCAGGUUAGGUGUUGGUAGUGGGAUAGGACAAGCUCUAGCUUUUUAGCUUUGGCUGUUUUUAAUCCAAAAAGAAUGUUUUCAUAUGUUUGCAGCAGAGUAUCUCCUCUCCUUAGAGUCGGAAAGGAAACAUGGAGUAUCUCCUUUUGAGUUUUGAUAUGAGGUAAAGUGUGGUCUUGGCAGGUGCCAUGUGGACCAGUGCUCAAUAGUGGUUGGCUUGCAGCUGUCAAGCUGAUAGCCUGCAACCCCCCCUUUGUGGUUACCCGCAUUAAUACGACAUCAUUGCAGUGUAAUGCAGAUGGGAAAUAAAACUAACUUGUCAUUUGAAUCAUCAAACCAAAACGUAUACUGAGACCUUUCUAGGCCCUUUUGAUUGCACAUUCCUAUAAAAUUUCUAUGAAUGGCUCAAUCUAAAUAUGAUGAGGAAUUCGAGCAUGCUGAGGCUAUACCUCAUGGAAACUUUCGAGGAGCAUCCAAACAUCUUUCGAGGACAAUAAACUUCUUUGUAUUCUUAUAGAAUUGCGCUGCAUUGACACUCCUAUAUAGUUGCCAUGUUUUUCUUCUUCGAUUUACCUCACUUCAGAGUUGCAAUGCUUUGGUUCUAGAGAAAAUGACCAUAUGUAGAAUCAUUUUGGCUAUUUUUAAUAUAAUCUGUGAGUGUCCAUGCUACUAGUUGUUAUACUCCUAUUAUUUUAUGUAAACCAUUCAUCUCAAGGGCUCAUACCAUCCUGAAGAUGCUAACUUGCUCGGUUGCUCCCAAAUACUCCCUCCAUUCCAAAUAUAAGAUGUUCAAUUUUUCUUUCUUUCUGAAAUCGGAUGUAUAACGCCCCGUUUUAGUGUUUUUGUUCACUCAUUUUAGUCCAUAUGUAGUCCAUAUUGAAAUAUCCAAAACAUCUUAUAAUUCGAAACGGAGAUAGUACUAUAGGGAUGGGGAGAAACCACUUUAGCAUGUCCACAGAAUCUGUACCAAUAACACACAUGAAAUUCGCCUGCAUAUUCAUGCAUGUACAUAACCAUGGAAAAUAAGAAGAAACACCCAUUAGACCAAAUUUCUUUUCUACCCAAAUAGCCCUGAAUCAAAGAUUUUCUCAAGGAAUAUAAAUGCCUGAGUGUUUGACGAGUGUCUGGAGCCUUGUGAAGAGGUAAAAGAAAGCUGUUUGAAAUGAUCGCUGCCCGUUCUGGAACCGAGACCAGCUGCAAAGCAGUAAAAAUAAGCGGUAAAGAAAGAAGCGGUAAAAAGAAGGGUUGCAAAGGAAGAAAGCCUGGGCGGAUUUUCACCGACGCCGUGGUGUGUUGCUGAUACUGACACGGAAUCUGUAUGGGGCGGAUCGGAGUCCAAGAUGCGCGACGCCGCCUUUAAUCAGGCUCCAAUUGCCGAGGAAAAUCCGCUUUCUCGCCGGGUCUUCUGCGUUUCGCACACACACAACCCGACCCGUUACAUGUUUUACUACUCUUUGGAUUGGAAGAUGAAAUCCGCCUCUCUGCCUCCCGUCUCCAAUCUCGAGGAAAAUUCUCUGGUUUGGAUCAGGUACUGCUGCUUUGCUCUUUGGAACAGCGUCUUGUUCCCUGCUUUGCUUUCAGAAAUGGCUGUAAGGAAAAUCGGAAUAGCACCAAAAUUGCAUACAUAUUUUAUGCCUUGAGAACUUGAACGCUAAAGAAAUCUGGACUCAUUUCUGGACCGCUGAAGGCAUGCAUUUUUUCUUAGUUUUCCAGAGGAGUUUGAGUGUUCCUAUGGAAGAGAGAUCAGGGAAGGGAUGCGGCUUCUCCAAGAGGGCCAUAUAAUUAGCGAAUUUACGCGAACCCACGAGGAAUAUCCGCGGGCGAUCUCAAGGAUCGAGAGCUCACGCCCUGAGCCAGGGGGAAUGUCUCUUGAGUAGAGCGCUGGCGAAAAUAUUGAAAGGAGAGCAGGAAAAAGAUAAAGGAAAAGGGAUUCCUUUGGCCACUGCUGCUGAAUUUUCAGUUGUUUUCUCUCCUUCCCUAUGUGCGUGGCGCGCGCGACAAAGGAAAAAGAUGCAGCUUGUAUUCUACCGAUAGAAAAACAAGUAAAGAAGGAAAAAGAUAAGCAAAGCCUCGAAUCUGCUAAAGCAUGUGCGGAAAGCUUCCAGUUAGUUGCGUAAACUAGUGUGUGGUCCGUUGUUAUUUUGUUAAGCUAAACUGCGGUACUGAUUCUAACGGGGAAUGUAUUAGUGAUCAGCUGGUAGCUGUCCUAAUAAUCCUCACUAGCUUCAAAUUGCUCCUGAAUUUUAACAGAAGUAAUGUAUCUAGUAGGCCUGUUUGGAUGAGUAUUUUCGCCAGAUUCCAUGGGUGCUGAACUGUUUCUGUAAAAUUUAUGCAAAAUUCAAGUGAAGUCCCAACAUUCUGAAUGGUUUGCUGUUGUUGGUGGAGGAUACGGAAAAUGCCGGAAUCGGGUUUUUGAUGGGCCAGCACGGAGUUGAAGUGAGUGUUUUUUUUAAUCUUUUCUGUAAAUUCCUGCCUUGUAAAGGCAAAUGAUUUACCGCCGUUGUAGGUGGGGGAUACGAAAUGAACGAUCGAUCCCUUGGCAAAAACUAUGCCGGACGGCCGGGAAUGGGUUGGAUGAGGCCGCACGGAACUUUCCUUUUCGAAAUUUAAUAGCACGCGCGCGCGGUUGGUUCGAUCGACCGAGCGAGUUUUUAUUUUUUUUCCUUUUGCUUCUUGCUUCUUUAAAGAAGAAGCGACACAGCUCGUCGACCAAAAAAGCACGGCCCUCCUUGUGCUUGCCGAUGCCCCGCCCGCCCCGGCCACUAGACUAGAGGGAGCAAAUUAAGCUAAGCGAGCGAGCGGCACCGGCACCGGCGCUCCGGCCAUGGCCUCUCGCUCCCUCCCACCUUCCCCAUGCUGACCACAUGCUAGUCCACCAUCUAGGCCUUCUUCUUCACUCCACUCUACUAGUCCACGUACGUACCCUUCAACCAACGGCUGCGGGGUAGAGAGAGGGAGAGGGACAGGUUGGUAGGCACGUACGUACGUGCGGGUAGGUGCCGAUGGUGACGGCGAGGGAGGCGAGGGAGGCGGCGGCGGCGGCCAUGGACGCGAGCAAGUACGUGCGCUACACGCCGGAGCAGGUGGAGGCGCUGGAGCGGCUCUACUACGAGUGCCCCAAGCCGAGCUCGCUGCGCCGGCAGCAGCUGGUCCGGGAGUGCGCCGUGCUGGCCAACGUCGACCCCAAGCAGAUCAAGGUGUGGUUCCAGAACCGCCGCUGCCGGGAGAAGCAGCGCAAGGAGUCCGGCCGCCUGCAGUCGCUCAACCGCAAGCUCACCGCCAUGAACAAGCUGCUCAUGGAGGAGAACGACCGCCUCCAGAAGCAGGUCUCCCACCUUGUCUACCAGAACGGAUACUACCGCCAGCAGACGCACAGCGUACGCACUCCUCCACCUCCACCCCCGGCGACGAUGAGCCCUCCUCCCUUGCGGCCGCCGCGAGCUCACGCCUUCACUCCUCCUCCUCCUCCUCUCCCGUUGCCGUUGCAGGCGGGGCUGGCCACCACGGACACGAGCUGCGAGUCGGUCGUCACCAGCGGCCAGCAGAACGUCGUCGUCGUCGUGCCGCCGCCGCCCCGCGACGCCAGCCCUGCUGGAUUGAUGUCCAUCGCCGAGGAGACACUAACGGAGUUUCUGUCCAAGGCCACCGGAACCGCCGUCGAGUGGGUCCAAAUGCCUGGGAUGAAGCCUGGUCCGGAUUCCAUUGGAAUCAUCGCCAUCUCGCAUGGCUGCGCGGGUGUUGCUGCGCGAGCUUGCGGCCUCGUAGGCAUGGAGCCUGCCAAAGUUGCCGAAAUCCUCAAGGAUCGGCCACUGUGGCUGCGUGAUUGCCGGUCUAUGGAGGUAGUAAAUGUGCUGCCUGCUGGCAGCAAUGGCACGAUUGAGCUGCUCUACAUGCAGCUCUAUGCUCCGACGACACUAGCGCCAGCUCGUGACUUCUGGUUGAUGCGCUACACAUCCAUUCUCGAUGAUGGAAGCCUAGUGGUAUGUGAAAGAUCACUCAGUAGCAAGCAAGGAGGCCCAAGUAUGCCCCUUGUGCAGCCUUUUGUUAGAGGUGAGAUGCUUCCCAGCGGUUUCUUGAUCCGGCCUAGUGAUGGUGGAGGUAGCGUGAUUCACAUCGUUGACCAUUUGGACCUGGAGCCUUGGAGUGUGCCUGAAGUUGUGAGACCACUGUAUGAAUCUUCUGCCAUGGUGGCCCAGAAGAUGUCGAUGGCGGCCUUGCGCUAUCUCAGGCAAGUUGCUCAUGAAGAUACUCAUUCUGUAAUCACUGGAUGGGGCAGACAGCCUGCAGCCUUGCGAGCUCUGAGCCAAAAGCUCACCAGAGGUUUAAAUGAAACUCUCGGUGGGCUUGCGGAUGAUGGAUGGUCCGUGAUUGAGAGCGACGGCGUAGAUGAUGUUUGUAUCUCUGUUAAUUCAUCCCCGAGUAAAGUGAUGAGUUGCACCGCAACAUUCAGUGAUGGACUGCCCAUGGUUAGUACUGGUGUUCUUUGUGCAAAGGCCUCGAUGCUAUUGCAGGAUGUGUCUCCACCAUCACUACUGCGGUUUUUGCGGGAGCAUCGGUCGCAGUGGGCUGAUAGCAGUUUAGAUGCAUUCUUUGCUUCUGCGCUGAAGCCCAAUUUCUCCAAUUUACCUAUGUCUCGUCUUGGAGGAUUUAGUGGCCAGGUUAUACUCCCUUUAGCACACACGUCUGACCCUGAGGAAUUCUUGGAAGUUAUCAAGAUAGGAAAUGCCAGUAACUAUCAAGAUACACUGAUGCAUCGCGAUCUUUUCCUCUUACAGAUGUACAACGGGAUAGACGAGAACACCAUGGGCACCUGUUCAGAGCUUAUCUUUGCACCCAUAGACGCAUCUUUCGGUGAUGAUUCUCCGCUGCUGCCUUCCGGUUUCCGCAUCAUUCCGAUGGAGUCUCCUCUUGACACGUCUAGCCCGAACUGCACGUUGGACCUCGCGUCCACCCUUGAGGUUGGAACACCCGGAAGCAGGAUACCCGGUCACUCCAGGAGUAGCUCGAAGGCUGUGAUGACGAUCGCAUUUCAGUUUGCCUUCGAGAGCCACCUGCAGGACAGCGUGGCAGCCAUGGCGCGGCAGUACAUGCGCAGCAUCAUCUCGUCGGUGCAAAGGAUAGCGCUGGCGCUGUCGUCCUCGCACCUCGUGCCACAUGGAAGCUCUCGCCUCCUACCGCCUGUAACUCCAGAGGCGGCCACGCUCUCCCGAUGGAUUGUCCAGAGCUACAGAUUUCACUUUGGGGCAGAGCUCAUCAAAGCCGCAGACGCUAGCAGCGGCGAGUCGGCGCUCAAAGCCCUCUGGCAGCAUACCAGCGCCAUCCUAUGCUGCUCUCUCAAGGCGAUGCCGGUCUUGACGUUCGCGAACCAGUCCGGGCUGGACAUGCUGGAGACGACGCUGGCGGCGCUCCGGGAGAUCACCAUGGACAAGGUGCUGGACUACGACCAGGGGAGGAAGAGCCUGCUGUGCGCGGACCUGAUGGCCAGCGUGGCGGAGCAGGGGUACGCGUGCGUCGAGGGCGGGACGUGCGCGUCGAGCAUGGGCCGGCCGGCGUCGUACGGGAAGGCGGUGGCGUGGAAGGUGCUCGACGACGGCGGCGCCGGCGCCGCCCACUGCGUCUGCUUCGCCUUCAUGGACUGGUCCUUCGUUUAGUCGAGGGACCGAUCGUUUGUUGUAGCUGUUGUUGCAAGUCUCGAGCAUGGGUGAUGGACGCGGUACAAUGUUGGAUGAUGGUGGUGUUUUGUACGGCUUGAUGGUGUGCCGAGAUUGGUGAUGCUGUUUGUACUAGUACUUUAAUUUCCUCUUUUCCUUCUCCUA